AUGAACACAAACAGCGCCGACAUGAAAGCUCAGCUGACUGUGUUCUGCUUCUUGACCCUCUGUCUGCAGGAUGCAGACAGCUGCUACCAUGAGGGAGCCAUGUACCAGUUCGGAGCAGCCGGAGAAAACUUCUCCUUUCCAUGCGUUCAUCACUCCCCUGAAACCUGGAAAAUCUUCUGCAGGGAUGACUGUGCAGGAGAAAACGUCCUGAUCAAAACGCAGGCAGACUCAGCUCAAAGCGGCCGAUUCAGCUCAAAGUAUCAGUUCGAUCAGAUCCUGCAUGUUUCCAUCUCUCCCAUGACCAAGGCUGACUCUGGAGCGUACCACUGCGGGACCGGCGCCUCGGUGUCUGCAGCCUCAUUCACACAGUUUCAGCUCAGAGUCACAGACGCGGUGCUGGAUCGACGCAGCGGGCCGCAGCAGAGCCGAGUGUCUGCAGAACCGGGCAGCUCCGUCACCGUGGCCUGUUUGUUUGCUUUCUCUGGUGGGACGAAGUAUCUCUGCAGAGGAGACUGUGGAGGAAACGCUCUGGUUCAGACGGCAGGAGAAUCCACUCACAGCGGCAGAUACAACAUCCAGUAUGAAAGGAAAUCAUCUGCUGAGGGAGUCCUGCUGGUCACCAUCACUGAGCUGACCCAGUCUGACUCCGGGCGGUACCGCUGUCAGCAGGACGGACCCAGAACUGCAUUCAUAGACUUUGACAUCACCGUCUCACAGGCCGUUCAGCCAUCGACCUCCAGACCAGAAACCACUCAGACGCCUGCUGCUUCCUCUCAUCAACCUGCACAAAUGCAGAGCGGAGAAACAAAACCUCCGGCUCCACUCAGCCUCUAUGUUCCUGUGGUUGUUGGUGCGACUCUGGCUGCCCUGGUGGUUCUGAUCUCAGCAGCUCUGCUGGUUUCCUGCAGGAGAAGAUCUCUGAGAGGUUUGAUGACCAGAGGCCUGAAAGGUUCAGUCACUGAGAGUCUCACCUAUGAGAACUGCUGUCCAGAGGAUCCAGAGGAUCCAGAGGAUCCAGAGGAUCCACAGGAUCCAGAGGGUCCACAGGAUCCCACCUACCAAAGCCUCAACCCGUCCAGCCAGGACCAAAACCAGAUCUACUCAGAACUCACUCGACCCAAAGGAGAAGUUGGACAGUUUGCUCCCUGAUGACAUAAAAAGACAAACUAACAUUCAAAAUGUUUGAUGAAGAUAAUUGAUCAUUCAAAUGAAUCAAUGCUUUUAGGUUAAUCUGUUUAUUUUAGCACUUGAACUUUUCUACCAGAUGCAACUUAUACGUUUCUGUUUUAUAU